AGCCAUUUUGUGGUCAGUGCUAACGGCUAACAGCUGAAACUGCGUGGCUUUUUUGGGACAGUCUUUAUCGAUAAAGUUAUUCAUCAUGGCUAUGCAAGCAGCAAAACGAGCCAAUAUCCGAUUGCCUCCCGAGGUGAACAGAGUCCUCUAUAUUAGAAACUUGCCCUAUAAAAUCACAGCAGAAGAAAUGUACGACAUCUUUGGGAAAUAUGGACCAAUCAGACAGAUCAGAACAGGAAACACACCUGAAACCAGAGGAACAGCUUAUGUGGUUUAUGAAGACAUCUUUGAUGCCAAGAAUGCCUGCGACCAUCUCUCUGGGUUCAAUGUCUGUAACAGAUAUCUAGUGGUGUUGUACUACAAUGCAAACAGAGCUUUCCAGAAGAUGGACACAAAAAAGAAAGAAGAACAGCUGAAGCUUCUAAAAGAAAAAUAUGGAAUCAACACAGAUCCUCCAAAAUAGUGUUAUGUCAACAUUUUCUUGUGAUUAUUUUUUUUUAAUUUUUUUAUUUCUGUGUUGUACAGCCUUUUUUCUUAAUGUUAAAAAUAUCGGUAAUUAUUUUCUUUGGUUACAAACCUGUUGACAGAUGUGCUUUGAUUGGAUUUGUUUCUUAAAGCCUGAGUUCAUAAGGAAACUAUAAUCAUCAGUGCAAAUAAAUGUCUU